AUGCUGCAAUUGCAAGAAGCAAAGAUUACACAAGAGCAGGAAAAUUUGGCUGGAGGUCGUCUUCGCGGUUUGGAGUUGAAACGUCCAGCCACUUCGACGGGCACUCCUCAGAUUAAAACUUUAUCCUUUGAUGUCACAAUUUUUUUCCAAGUCUUUAAGAUCAAUAUCGAAAAAACCGCUACACCAAACAAGUGGAUCACGGAGUAUAAAUCUGCUGCGCGAUUCGUUGCUUUGAAAGAACCCGCAGCUGUGAUUCUCGAAACAGACCCCGAGUAUGAGAUGCCGUGCAAAGAUGUUGCGAAAACAAUCAUAUGUAAAGUGGAUAAAAUGCUACCUGCCAGUGGUACCGUGAACGGCUCGGCAAUAGCUAUGGCACAGAUGACAACUCAAACGGCCGCAGCCCAGCCCUCUUUUGCGGGGAAUAGCGCAAGCAUCACUACCCCGCAAUCUGAACGUCCUCGUAUUGCAGAACCACUGCGUAUACAGCGAUUGGAGGCAGCACUCAACAUGCGACCGUUCAUGGAGUAUGCUCGUCAUGUAUUGUCGCAGCCGUUGAGCAGUGGCGAUGACUCAAACGCUUCUGAAGAAGAGGCAAAGGUUGGUGGUGUUACGGAUAAUUCAGACGAUGAAGGAGGCGGUGCCCGCAAGAAACGUACACGCCUACUUGGUACUAAAGAAGAGCGUCAAAGCGUGAAAAUGCAUUUAUUCAACUUUAAUGAUCUAACCAACGAUCGCGAGUGGCUGUAUGAAGUUUUACUCAGUGACACUGACACUGAGACGGAAAUCAGCGACGAGGACGACUAUAUUAAGGAGUUGUUAAGAACACACAUGCUCGAGCAAAAGCAUAGAGAAAACUUCUAUAAAAAAACAACGAAUACCCAAUAUGCCUACUAUGGUGCUGGUAUGCUUUCCAAUCACGAUAUGUUUCCCGAACACCAGCAAUCUAUAGUGGGCGUGCGUAAACGUCGACGCCGCACUAAGAAGGAGAAUCCUGCAAAACCACCAAAGUUGACGAAGGAGCCAAAGGUUCGUAAACCACGAAAGCCUAAGGUGGAGCAACCUGAACCUGGUGAGAUACCACCUUCUGAGUUGAACAAUUACGCUUUUGGGGACACGUCAGCUGUUAACGAUGACGACGAGGAGGAGAUUACCGAUGAGAUGGAUAGUACCUUAGAUGCUAAUCUGUCACUGCUGCCACCUGGUGGUUUGGCGCAUAGCGGUCGCGGACGUCGACGCAAGAGCCAACAGCAACGUACACCCGAAGUAAUGGCUGCUCGUCGCCGUCGUGUUUGGCAACUUAUGGCUAAGAAGGAGCUUGGACGCUGCCAACGCGCCAAGGCAAAUAACCAUAAAGAGAUGGUGCAGAAUUGUAAGCGCGUGGCAACUAUGUGUUCGAAGGUUGUGCGACAACGAGCUAUGAUAUCGCAGAAGGUUAUGAAGGAAACGGUGUGGCGCGCCAAGCGUUUAACGCGCGAAAUGAUGGGAUACUGGAAGCGGUAUGAGCGCGUAGAGCGCGAUACGCGCCGACGUAUGGAACGUGAAGCGGAAGAGCAGCGCAAAAUGGAUGUUGAGAUCAUUGAAGCAAAACGGCAGCAACGUAAACUAAAUUUUCUUAUUACGCAAACGGAGUUAUAUGCGCAUUUCAUGUCCAAGAAGCUGGGACAGGGCACCGAAGAAGAGCAAUUGCGUAUAUUGAAUCAAUUGGAUGAAGAGAUAAAUCCAAGGCUAGCUGCCUAUGACGAUUAUGACGCUGAGCAUUUUAAAUCGUUGGCUCAAAAGAAUGCAGAACUCGCAUUUUCAGCAGAUCGCGACAAGACCCAAAGAUUUAACGUGGCGCGGAUCAAGGAAGAAAAGCAAGAGAAGCAAGACGCUCAAUUGGAGGAUAUUAAAACGGAAACGGAUAAUGAAGAAGUGCCAUCGUUUGUGAAGCCAGCAAAGGCAGAUGUACCGCAGCCGGAAAUGUUCAAGGGUACACUAAAAACGUACCAAUUAAAGGGUGUUACUUGGCUGGCUAAUCUAUACGACCAGGGAAUAAGCGGUAUAUUAGCCGACGAAAUGGGUCUAGGCAAAACUGUACAGUCGAUUGCGUUUCUUUGCCACAUUGCCGAACGUUAUGGUGUGUGGGGACCAUUUCUGAUUAUUUCACCUGCUUCUACGUUACAUAACUGGCAGCAGGAGAUGCAGCGAUUUGUGCCCGAUUUCAAUGUGGUACCCUAUUGGGGUUCACCGAAUGAGCGUAAAAUUCUCCGUCAAUUUUGGGAACAAAAAGAUUUACAUACCCGUGAUGCCAGCUUUCAUGUGGUAAUUACCUCCUAUCAGCUGAUCGUGUCCGAUUACAAGUACUUCAAUCGUAUCAAGUGGCAGUAUAUGGUGCUGGACGAGGCACAGGCCAUUAAGAGCGCAUCUUCGAUGCGUUGGAAACUAUUACUGGGCUUCAAUUGUCGGAACCGCCUUUUACUUAGUGGCACGCCAAUACAAAAUAGCAUGGCAGAAUUGUGGGCGCUGUUGCAUUUCAUAAUGCCGACACUCUUCGACUCGCAUGAUGAAUUCAAUGAAUGGUUCUCGAAGGAUAUCGAAUCGCAUGCCGAGAAUAAGACUGGUAUCGAUGAGAAACAAAUAUCACGACUACAUAUGAUACUCAAGCCAUUCAUGUUGAGACGUAUCAAAAAGGAUGUGGAAAAUGAGCUGUCGGACAAAAUUGAGAUUAUGGUAUAUUGUCCGCUGACUAUACGACAAAAAUUGCUUUACAUGGCGUUGAAAAAGAAGAUACGAAUUGAAGAUUUAUUGCAUUUCACGGGUGGCGGGGCGGGAAGUUCCGGUGAUGGUCAUCACUUUGAUAAGAAUUUUACAUCAAAUCUCAUGAAUUUGGUGAUGCAGUUUCGUAAAGUAUGCAAUCAUCCAGAAUUGUUUGAACGACGUGACGCUAAAAGCCCUUUUGCCAUGCGCUGUGAGGAAUAUGUGUUGCCACGUCUGGUAUAUAAUGAUUGUUUGCUUCAUCGCGCCAUACCAAGCAAACGCCAUCUGCUUUACAAUAGAUUCUCAAUUUUUAAGGCAGCUUCUAUGCUGAAAUCACUUUUCAGUGAACCUAGCGUCACCAAAGCAUCAAAGUCCAACGAAUACUAUGCACGUUAUGUAGACUUGAAUGUCAGUGAUGAUUGCUGUUUCAGUUUCACCCGACUGUGUGACCUGUCACCGGGAGAUAUGGAAGAUGUUACUAUUAACGGCUUGGUGUCUUACAUUUUACACUACCGUCGCAGAAUAGUGCAAUACGCUCUAUUAGCAUACCGCCGCCAAUGGUGGUCGCAUUAUAACGCUACACGCUUUCAACUGCUAGAGGUGAUGCUUGAGAAUCCAUUGCAGCGCAGCUUUAUGUUUGAGCAAAGUGUGUUACGUAAUUUCGUAUUUACUGGUGUGACGUCUCAGGAGAGCACUGUUUACGCCUUUGGUAACUACAAAACAGUCAACAUUCAGGAAACUAUUGAACACCGCGUCAUACGCAGCAAACAUGUUGACUUAACGAAAAAAUCGGCGAUCGAACAAGCCAGUUACAAUGACUCGAUGACUAUAAAAACUGAAUUAGACUUGGACACGAGUGAAGAUGCAACACAAAUGAGUACAACACCUGUGUCAAGCAAGUCACAAAAAUCUGCACCGAAACAUGGUGAGGAUGUAGACUCCAAUGGGAAGCUUCUGCCUGAAUUUCAACAUAUACCACGCACACCCACUCUGUACCAAUGUGAAUCGCUACAAAUGCCGCGCUUCCUCUAUGGUCUCAGUCAACGUGUACAAGCCGUUAAAAGACAUAUGUACUGUGAAAGCCGUGACGCUGCUUGGACGCAGAUACGCCACUUACAGUGUGAAAAUCCUGCUGGCAUGGAACUGGUUAAUACUGCCCUCGAUUUGUGUCGACCACGUUACGGUUGGUCUUCAAUUGCGGUGCCCGACAAGCAAACACUCGUUUCGGAUGCCGGCAAGCUAGCUGUGCUGGAUAGUUUGCUAACACGCCUCAAAGCGCAAGGACAUCGUGUGCUAAUCUAUUCCCAAAUGACGAAAAUGAUCGAUUUGCUGGAGGAGUAUAUGUGGCAUCGCAAGCAUCGUUAUAUGCGUUUGGAUGGUUCGAGUAAAAUUUCAGCACGUCGUGAUAUGGUUGCCGAUUUUCAAACGCGUGAAGAUAUCUUCGUUUUUCUUCUCUCAACGCGUGCUGGAGGUUUAGGUAUCAACUUAACGGCUGCAGAUACGAUAGGCAAAUAA